AUGGAGGGUGUUCAGACUGUGGAUGUGAGCUGGCUCCAUCAUUCGCAGAAAGGCAAGUUCCACUUUAAUCAUCUUUCGCGCACGAAAUCAGUAACUUCAGGAGGUAGCGACAAAUCGAGCGCCGAGAGGGAUCCUGCGACGAACCCUUCCAGACCACACCGACGAUCCCGAUCGAAUAGUAGCCCAGCUCGUCCACCAUCAUCGAACGGCUCAACAACAAAGCAUGAGCCGCAGAAUGAAGUAAUUAAGGAAGAAAAACAGGCUCCGGAGCCAGAAAAACUUGCAGAAAAACCUGCAGAGCAGAAACCAUCCACUUCCUCGCCUGCGACACCAAAAACUGCACCCAAAGCAGUCACUGGGCGCAGAAAUCCCUGGAUAUCCAGUCUGAGCUCCAAGUUCUCUUCUGGAUCCACUCCGCCAUCGCAGUCUAGUCUGAAAGGAAGCCCUGCAAGUCCGAAGGCUACUGGACCUCUCGACCAUAACCCAUUCGGCGCUGCCUUCUCCCCCAAAGACAAGGAAGAGGAGAAGAAAGAUGAAUCAAACCCGUUUACCUCUUCGUCGCCUAAAGGCCCCUCCUUCAUACACAGUGCACUACGCAAGUUUUCGUCGAAUUCUGGUGGUUUGCCCAAGCUGCCGCCAAAUGCCGCAACAUGCCCGCGCCGAGUGAUGAACCUGGACCAGGGUCGUGACCGUUGCAAAAUUGCAGAACUAAACCAAGCAAAGUUAAAUAGGGUGGCGUUUUGUGUGGAUGUUGAAAUUGCUGGUGUAUCGCAUCGGGAUUCGGAUGAAGAUGCUCCUCCAACAAAUCAACUUCGAAAGCCUUUGCCGGAGUCCAACCGCCAGAAGGCGAAGAAGGCUGAAGUGACCACCGAUACUAAGAUCGAUACUAAGACAGAGGAUAAGGAAAAGGGCAAGGAGGAGGCUGAAGCACUGAAGCAUCCUCAAGCCGCAGUGGCCGAGAAGGAGGCUCCAGCUCCAGCGAUUUCAGCGGCCCCAGCAGUUCCAACAGCUCCUUCAUCCUCACCCCCCACUCAAGCGAACAGCCCUCCGGGCACUCAGAUCACAACUUCUACUAUUGAAUCCGCUACCCCAAAUCCUACCACCGAGAGCGAAGCGGGUGAAAAGAAAGACCCGACUCGCAAGCAAGAGAAGAAGAAGCGCUCGGAAGAAGAACGAAAGGAGCGUAAGGAGCGUAAGCGCAGACAGGCUGUGGCGAACGGCUCAAUCCCGCUCCAAAUAGAUCCAGAGCACGACGAAGAUGAUUGUCGAGCAUCGAAGUCCGGUACCUCCCGUUCUAAGACCCAAAGCCACCCUACCACAGACCCGGCGCGCAUUUAUCGUCGAUGCUGCCAGUUGAGAGAAACCCCUGUUCUUAAACGAGUGAUUGACGAAAUUUCGUCGCCGUCCUCAACUCUGGCAGAAUCGCCGGGUACUGUUGCCGCUCUGGAUCUCAGUAACUUCCCCAUGACGCCUCAAGAUAUCGUGACGUUGAGUGACUGGCUUGCUGUGGUACCUGUCCGUAAGCUGUUGUUGGAAAACUGUGCAUUGACCGACGUGUCUGUGCGGGCUAUUCUUGCCGCAUUACUCUCGACAAAAACUGUGGAGCAGAUGCGCUAUCGGCGGAAGCGGAAUCGCAGGUGUGAAUCACCUACUAUCAAGUAUGAACGAUGGGGUGUUGUGGAGAAACUAUCAUUGAAGGACAACCCGAAAAUCGGACGGGAGGGGUGGCGCCACAUUGGCCUCUUCGUUCAUCUUUCCAAGUCCUUGAGGGCGAUUGAUCUUUCCGGCAUUCCUUUUCCUAAACCCCGGGCUCCAAGUGAAAAUUCUACGCCUUGCACAGUCCCCGAUGUCUGCGAUACUUUUGCGUGUGCUUUGGCGGAAAGGUUUGGCGGUGAUCACCUUGAGGAAUUGCUCAUGAGUGAAUGCAAGCUUUCCGUCGAACAGGUCAAGCGGAUUUGCGAGGCAUCUACCAAACUAGGAUUGCGAAGAUUGGGAUUUGCAAACAAUGAUCUGACAAGACAAGGUUUGGAACAUGUUGUUGAGUAUCUCAAAGCUGGACAAUGUGAAGGAUUGGAUCUAGGAGGAAAUCCUAUCAAAGACGACCUUGAUCUUAUCACAGAUGCUGUUGAGCCCGAGCAGCCCCUAUAUGCCCUCAGUCUAGCAGAUUGUUCCUUGGAUCCUUCCGUCGUCUCUCCAUUGCUACAAGCCCUGACUCAGAUCCACAACCUUCGCUUUAUUGAUUUCUCUCAUAAUCCUGGUUUGUUCUCGAUGCAGACCAAUGCACUUGGAGCAUUCCGGCGCUUCCUGCCCAAGAUGCCUUCACUGAAACGUAUUCAUCUUGCUGAUGUCGAUCUUUCUCCCGAUCAUGUUAUCGGUCUGGCUGAGGUGCUACCAGAAUGUCCCAGCCUCUGCCAUCUGAAUAUACUUGAGAACCCACAAAUUGCAUCUCUGGCCUCUGCCGUGGACCCUGCUGUUCAGGAAGAGGCUUGUGCAGUGUAUGCUUCUAUGAUGGCUGCGGUCCGCGUUUCAGGUACGAUGAUCGCAGUGGACAUUGAAGUUCCAACUGCGGAAAAUAAUGAAGUUGUAAAGGCACUGGCGUCCCAGAUUGUCGCUUACUCGCUUCGAAAUCUGGAAGGUGCUGCUAUUGGAGAGGAUCUGGCUGAAACACACGUGCCGCAUGAUGUUCCAGUACCAGAGAUUCUGCAGCACAUUGUUGGACACUCCAUUGGCAUGGACGAGCCAUGUGACGAAGAAGAAGAUGCCGCUCCAGAUGAGGACUAUGUCAUUGGUGGCACAGGCGUGGUCAAGGCACUAGGUGUCUGCCUCGGAAACCUUGACCAUCAUGGAAGCGAUUUCCCCGGAGAUUCAGCACCUGCUAGUGGCACUACGACCCCUCGGCGUCGUAAAUCUAGAGGAGUGGUUACUAAGAGGCCUCGCGACAUGUCGAAGAAUCUGCUGGAGUCCGCUCGCAACAUUCGAGCUCGGAUUCAAUCAGCUCUUAUCCGCGAAGACCGGGCUGGUAACGAUGCCAAUUACCGACGUCUCCAAUUCUUGGACAUUACAUUGCAUAGAAUGAUUCAGCGCUUUGAGGAUGAGUAUCCUGAAACUCGUUUGCCUCCUCCACCCAUCCCGUCCGCCUUGCCAGAAACCGGCUCGAGCGCUAUCAAUGGCAACCUGAGCAGCAGCUUCAUGGACAAUGAAACUGCCGUUGACGAUGAAGAAGGCGAGCAGGACGGUUUCCAGCUUUCCCGAAGUAGCUCAAUGACAUCAAUGCACGCCCGCGCCAUGACAUCAGAAGAAGGCCACGUCCAUCGCCUGGGCCAAAACCUCCGCCGUGACUUGCUGAAAACACCCGAUCGCCAAGGCGAAGACGACGCAGAAGACCAUUCGCACCUCGUUGCCUUACGAGAGAAACUGGAGCGCCUACAUGAAGAGCAGUCUCAAAUACCGUUUGACACCGAAGAAGCCUUUGAGAAACUCGGUAAUACAGUUGACGAGCUCUGGGCUUACCAGCAUCAGGACGCCGAGGGCUUCGAGAGAUUCAAGCAAUCUCAGAUUGCGGCGCAGAUCAACAGUGGUUUGCGUCGUGGAUCCUCGUCAGAGGAGAGCAAGUCACCUCCAUAA